AUGAAUGUGCGCGUGUUGGGCACAGAACAACAAGUGUGGGACCUGUUUGGAAAGGUGGGCGGCUACAUGAGCUUGUUGAUCCUGCUUUUCAACAUUUAUUUCGUCAAGAAGUUCCCGGACAAUGGCGUGGCGCAAAUAUACGAAGAAUGGACAUUCGUUUCUGAACGGCUCAAGCGCUCGUAG